AUGGAAAGGGUGAGGACGAUUUUGACGCAUACAUAUCCCUACCCGCAUGAGCAUUCGCGGCACGCAGUCAUUGCUGUUGUUGUGGGUUGUUUGUUUUUUAUUUCUUCAGACAACAUGCACACUCUUAUAGAAAAAUUGGACAAUAAUAUUAAAUGGUGGUCCAUGUAUGCUUGCCUCCUCGGUUUCUUUUAUUUCUUCUCGUCGCCAUUUUUGGGGAAGACCAUCAAACCUAGCUACUCAAAUUUCAGUCGGUGGUAUAUAGCUUGGAUUUUAGUUGCAGCUCUGUAUCAUCUUCCUAGUUUUCAGUCGAUGGGAGUAGAUAUGAGGAUGAAUUUGUCAUUGUUUUUGACAAUAUAUGUAUCUUCAAUUUUGUUUCUCCUUGUCUUCCACAUUAUCUUUAUUGGCCUGUGGUAUAUUGGCCUUGUUUCUCGUGUUGCUGGAAGGAGACCAGCGAUCUUGACUAUUCUUCAAAAUUGUACAGUUCUCAGUAUAGCCUGCUGCGUUUUCUAUAGCCACUGUGGUAACCUUGCCAAUUUGAGAGAUAGACCACCUCAAAGAAAGUAUUCUAGUUGGUUUUCGUUUUGGAAGAAAGAAGAGAGAAACACAUUGCUUGCAAAAUUCCUCCGAAUGAAUGAGUUAAAAGACCAGGUCUGCUCUUCUUGGUUUGCUCCAGUUGGGUCUGCUAGUGAUUAUCCACUUCUGUCCAAGUGGGUUCUUUAUGGGGAGUUAGGUUGCAAUGGAAGUGGAUGUGCUGGUUCAUCUGAUGAAAUUUCUCCCUUAUAUUCACUAUGGGCCACAUUUAUAGGUCUUUACAUUGCGAAUUAUGUAGUUGAAAGGUCAACAGGGUGGGCUCUUACUCACCCGUCAGUUAAAGAGCACGAGAAGUCAAAGAAGAAACAAAUGAAGCCUGAUUUUUUGGACAUGGUUCCUUGGUAUUCAGGAACAUCUGCUGAUUUGUUCAAGACAGCCUUUGACCUCUUGGUAUCAGUAACUGUGUUUGUUGGCCGUUUUGACAUGCGUAUGAUGCAGGCAGCUAUUAACAGGUCUCAAGAUGGAGCACAACAGGAUUUUUUGUAUGAUCAUUUUAGCGACAAGGAAGAUCUAUGGUUUGACUUCAUUGCUGAUACUGGUGAUGGUGGGAACUCAUCUUAUACAGUUGCAAGACUACUUGCCCAGCCUUCUAUUCAGGUCACUAGAGGUGAUUCUGUGCUUUCCCUACCGCGUGGAAACUUACUUCUUAUAGGAGGGGAUCUUGCAUAUCCUAAUCCGUCUUCCUUCACAUAUGAGAAACGCUUCUUUUGUCCUUUCGAAUAUGCUUUGCAGCCUCCGACUUGGUAUAUGCCGGAGCAUAUAGCUGUAAACAAGCCUGAGCUGCCUGACGGAGUGGCUGAAUUGAAACAUUAUGAUGGACCUCAGUGCUUUCUCAUUCCUGGAAACCAUGACUGGUUUGAUGGACUUCAUACUUUCAUGAGGUACAUAUGUCAUAAGAGCUGGUUGGGUGGGUGGUUUAUGCCCCAGAAGAAGAGUUAUUUUGCUCUGCAACUCCCUAAACAGUGGUGGGUGUUUGGUCUUGAUCUAGCACUCCAUAAUGAUAUUGAUGUGUACCAGUUCAAAUUCUUUGCUGAACUGAUACAGGAGAAGGUUGGAGACAAUGACUCUGUGAUCAUUAUUACACACGAACCAAAUUGGCUUCUUGAUUGGUAUUGGAAUGAUGCUUCUGGAAAGAAUGUCUCACACCUGAUAUGUGAUUAUUUGGAAGGAAGGUGUAAACUUCGAAUGGCUGGGGACUUGCAUCAUUAUAUGCGCCAUUCAUAUGUUCCAUCAGAUGGGCCAGUCUAUGUGCAACAUCUUCUAGUAAAUGGUUGUGGUGGUGCUUUUUUACAUCCCACCCAUGUCUUUAGUAAUUUCAAAAAAUUGUAUGGAACUUCAUAUGAAACCAAGGCUGCCUAUCCUUCGUUAGAAGAUUCAAGCAGGAUUGCAUUGGGUAAUAUUUUGAAGUUUCGAAAGAAGAACUGGCAAUUUGAUAUCAUUGGCGGCAUUAUAUACUUCAUGUUGAGUUUUUCUAUGUUUCCGCAGUGUAAGCUCGACCACAUUUGGCAAGACGAUACAUUUUCUGGCCACUUGUGGAGUUUCUUUAGCACGGUGUGGAAUGUCUUUAUGUACCUGCUGGGGCACUCUUAUGUAUCCAUGACUGGUGCUAUUCUGUUGCUAAUUAUGGCAAUUGCAUUUGUCCCAUCCAAAGUUUCUCGAAAGAAACGGGUGAUUAUUGGAAUUCUCCAUGUCUCUUCGCACCUGGCAGCGGCUCUAAUUCUAAUGUUGCUCUUGGAACUGGGCAUUGAGACAUGUAUCAGGCAUAAACUGCUAGCAACUUCAGGCUAUCACACUUUAUAUGAGUGGUACCGAUCUGUGGAGAGUGAACACUUUCCAGAUCCUACUGGCCUUCGUUCUCGUAUUGAACAAUGGACCUUUGGCCUUUAUCCAGCAUGCAUCAAGUAUCUCAUGUCUGCCUUCGAUGUUCCUGAGGUCAUGGCUGUCUCACGGAGUAAUAUUUGCAAAAAUGGGAUGGAGUCUGUGUCAAGAGGGGGAGCUAUCAUUUAUUAUGCUUCGGUGUUUCUCUACUUCUGGGUCUUCUCAACACCUGUUGUUUCUUUGGUUUUUGGAAGUUAUCUAUACAUCUGCAUUAAUUGGCUUCACAUGCAUUUUGAUGAAGCCUUCUCCUCUCUCCGAAUUGCUAACUACAAGGCAUUCACUCGAUUCCACAUCAAUAAAGAUGGUGAUCUUGAGGUUUACACCCUUGCAGUUGACAAGGUCCCAAAGGAAUGGAAGCUGGAUCCUCAUUGGGAUGCAGAGCCAAAGCAGCCACAACUGAGCCACCAUCGAAAGUGUCCUAGCAAAUGGAGUGCAGCUCUUGCUCAGCAAGAGCCACUAAAUACUGUUAAAAUUGUCGACCACUUUGUUGUUAGACAAACAGAGAAACCAGACUUUGGAACAAAUAUUGUUGAAGGAGGAGACAAGGAAACGAUGAGGAAACAAUCCAUAUUUAUUAGGAUGUUUGCAUCUUGUGGCUUCAAAUUAGCUGGAGCAGAAAUGCAAUCUAUGCCUCAGAAAGGGCUUGUCAAGACAUUAAUUCCUGUUUAUAAACAUAUAUCAUUGACUGCUCUGGCAUUUGACUUUCAUCUGGGCGAAAUCUCUGCGUGUAACAAUUUGCUAAAUGGACCUGAUAUUGAUAUCGUGAUUUUCCAAGCUUGUUGA